AUGCAGGCGGAGGUGUUUACAUGCCACGCGCAGCGUCUGCUGCAGCAAACAGCAACAGCAGCAGAAACAGCAGCAGCAACAGCAGCAGCAGCAGCAGCAGCAACAGCAGCAAGACAGCAGGCAUUAGCUUUACUAACUGAUGCUGGGAGAGUCUGCGAUAAGCUGCUGCUGCAGCGGCAGCUGCCGCCCCGGAUCCUUGCUGCUGCGAUGUCUGUCAAGUCUUUUGUUUACCUUCUCAGCAGCAGCAGCAGCAGCUGCAGCAGCAGCAGCAGCAGCAGCAGCAGCAGCAGCAGCAGCAGCAGAGAAGAGGCGUUGAAGGCAGCAAGAGCAGCAGUGCGGCUGUCACCUGAUAUGCAGAGCCAGACGAGAUUGGGUUUAGCGCUGCUUUGCUGCUGCAGCAACGCGGAGGCCAUGAGGCGGCGGCGAGCUGCCUAUACACCUGAACUCACGGGUUGUGCUGCAGCAUACCUUGCUGCUGCUGCAGCAAGAGAGAGGCAUAGAUUGCUGCUGCUGCAGCGCGCCUCCCCUCAAUACAGCCAAGCUGCUGCUCUGCUGCAGCAACUCAUCGCGGUGUCUGUACACUCCGCUGUGUUGCACCUGCCGCAGCUGCGCGAGCUGCUGCAGAAUGCAUGCAGCAGCAGCAGCAGCAGCAGCAGCAGCAACAGCAGCAGCAGAGGGGGGACAGCCCUGCUAGGCCUGAGCUAUCUGCCGCUCGUCGAGCCCAUAGCAACCGAACUGUGGGUACUGCUGCAGCAACAGCAGCAAAACGCCAGCAGCAGCAGCAGCAGCAGCAGCAGCAGCAGCAGCAGUGGCUGGAGUGGCGACCCUGAGGGCCGCUCAGCAAAGGACCUUCUUGCUGCAGUUGCUUCUUUGGGCGAAAUUGCCAAAGCAGCAGUGGCAGCAGCAGAAGCAGCAGCAACAGCAGCAGCAGCAUCAGAUGCUGCAGCAGCAGCUGCUGCUGCCUCUGCUGCAACAGGUGCUGCAGCAGCAAACCCAAAUCAGCGCGCGCUGCGGAUACCACAGAAAGAAGCUGCUGCUGCAGCACCUUACUUCUCUGCCUCUCCGAAGCCGCUGCAGCAGCAGCAGCAACAACAGCAGAAGCAGCCGCAGCAGCAGCAGCAGCAGCAGCAGCAGCAGCGGUUGGUGCUGCAGGAAUGCGCACCAAGGGGGCUGCGGACGAAAUCCCCUCUGCGUUUGCUGCCUAUCCUCAACUCGCAUGCAUAUUCUUCUCACCUUGCUGCUGCUGAGCCUCCCCAAGCAGCAGCAGCAGCAGCAGCAGCAGGAACAGCAGCAGCAGCAGCAGCAGCAGCAGAGACAAGGGCACUCCGCCUCCUUCAGAACUCGCAGCAGCAACAGCAGCAGCAGGCAGGGCUGCUGCGGCUGCUGCAGCAGCAGCAGCAUGAACUUCUGCGCCAGAAGGAGCGCCUACUACAACAGCAGCGGCAACUGCAACAACAGCAGCAGCAGCAGCAACAGCAACAGCAACAGCAACAGCAGCAGCAGCCGCAGCAGCAGCUAUUUCAACAGGCAAAUUCCCAGCCGGACUCGAAUGUGCCCCGACUGAGGACCAUGGAAGCAGCUGCUGUGCCUGCUGCUGCUGCUGCUGCUGCUGCUGCUCCUGUCUCUGUUGCCUUACAUGCUGCUGCAGCAGCAGGCAGCAGACAGCCAACAGCAAGUGCUGCUGCAGCAGCGUUCGCAGCACCAAGGCCCAUAGCAGCAUCGGCUGUAGCACCAACAGGGCGCGUAGAAAUUACAGCAGCAGCAGCAGCAGCAGGAGCGACAACAGCAGCGGCAGCAGCUGCAGCAGCUGCUGCUGCAGCGCACACUGUUGCUGCUGCUGCUGCCCCUGCCCGAGAAAGAACCACAGAUGCUUCGCCCCGACAGCAGCUUUCAUCACUGCCGCAGCAGCAGCGCCAGCAGCAUCACCAGCAGCAGCAGCACCAGCAGCAGCAGCAGCAGCAGCAGCAGUGGCAAAAGCCGUUGCAGCAGCAGCAGCAGCACAAGUGGCAUCAGUGGGACAGCUCUUAUCUCUCUUACCGAUUCGCAACAACAACCAGCAGCAGCAGCAGCAGCAGCAACGCAGGGAUGUGUACACCUGAAAGGCAAACAACGCAGCAGAUGCCCUCCUAUGCGCUGCAGCAGCAGCAGCAGCAGCAGCAGCAGCACGCUCCACAGCAGCAGCAGCAGCAACAGCAGCAGCAGAAACAGCAGCAAGUGCAUGUGAGGUCUCUGAGCCCGCGAAUUGCUCCACUGCAGCAGCAGCUGUCGCAGCAGCAAACACUGCAGCGCCAGUACAUGGUGCAGCAGCAGCAACAACAGCAGCAGCAGCAGCAGCAGGAACAACAACAGCAGUUGCGUGCUGCUCCGCUGCAGCAACACGGAACGCGUGUUAUUCAGGCUGCAGGGGGGACGCAGCAGCAGGAGCUGCUGUUGCAGCAAGAGCAGCAACAGCAGCAGCAGCAGCAGAAGCAGCAGCAGCAACAGCUGCAACGACUGCUGCAGCAUGUCCCGAAGCCUGCGGAGCGAAUCAACUGCCUGGUGAAGGCUCCGCCGGCUGCUGCUGUGCAGCAGCAGCUGCAGCAGCAGCAGCUACGGCUGCAGCAGCAGCAGCAGCUUCAACUGCAACAUCAGCUACAGCGGCAGCAACUACAGCAGCAGCAGCAUGUCCAUCGCUUGUUUCAGCAGCAAACUCAGCAGCAGCAGCAGCAGCAGCAGCAGCAACACUGCCCACGUCUCCUCUACCAGCCUGCCGUGCUCCUGCAGCAGCAACUGCAGCUCAGCAAGGUUGCAGCGCAGCAGCAACAGCAGCAGCAGGCAGGGCUGCUGCGGCUGCUGCAGCAGCAGCAUGAACUUCUGCGCCAGAAGGAGCGCCUACUACAACAGCAGCGGCAACUGCAACAACAGCAGCAGCAGCAGCAACAGCAGCAACAGCAGCAGCAACAGCAGCAGCAGCCGCAGCAGCAGCUAUUUCAACAGGCAAAUUCCCAGCCGGACUCGAAUGUGCCCCGACUGAGGACCAUCGAAGCUGCUGCUGUGCCUGCUGCUGCUGCUGCUGCUGCUGCUGCUCCUGUCUCUGUUGGCUUACAUGCUGCUGCAGCAGCAAGCAGCAGACAGCGGACAGCAAGUGCUGCUGCAGCAGCGUUCGCAGCACCAAGGCCCAUAGCAGCAGCGGCUGUAGCACCAACAGGGCGCGUAGAAAUUAAAGCAGCAGCAGCAGCAGCAGGAGCGACGACAGCAGCGGCAGCAGCAGCUGCAGCAGCUGCAGCAGCUGCUGCUGCAACGCACACUCAGCAGCAGCACCAGCAGCAGCACGCUCCACAGCAGCAGCAGCAGCAGCAACAACAACAGCAGCAGCAGCAGAAACAGCAGCAAGUUCAUGUGAGGUCUCUGAGCCCGCGAAUUGCUCCACUGCAGCAGCAGCUGUCGCAGCAGCAAACUCUGCAGCGCCAGUACAUGGUGCAGCAGCAGCAACAACAGCAGCAGCAGCAGCAGCAGCAGGAGCAACAACAGCAGUUGCGUGCUGCUCCGCUGCAGCAACAAGGAACGCGUGUUGUUCAUGCUGCAGGGGGGGCGCAGCAGCAGGAGCUGCUGUUGCAGCAAGAGCAGCAACAGCAGCAGCAGCAGCAGAAGCAGCAGCAGCAACAGCUGCAGCGACUGCUGCAGCAUGUCCCGAAGCCUGCGGAGCGAAUUAACUGCCUGGUGAAGCAUCCGCCUGCUGCUGCUGUGCAGCAGCAGCUGCAGCAGCAGCAGCUACGGCUGCAGCAGCAGCAGCAGCUUCAACUGCAACAUCAGCUACAGCGGCAGCAACUACAGCAGCAGCAGCAUGUCCAUCGCUUGUUUCAGCAGCAAACUCAGCAGCAGCAGCAGCAGCAGCAGCAGCAACACUGCCCACGUCUCCUCUACCAGCCUGCCGUGCUCCUGCAGCAGCAACUGCAGCUCCUGCAAUCUGCUAGCCUGAUGCCUGUGCUUGCUGCAGCUCCUGCAGCAGCAACUGCAGCUCCUGCAGCAGCAGCAGCAGCAGCUGCUGCUGCUGCUGCUGCUGCUGCAGCAGAAGCAGAGAAAGCAAUUCUACACCAACUGCUGCGCGGCCUGCAGCAGCUGCCGCCGCUCUUCCCCCAGCGCAUGCUGCGCUGUCUCUUUGAAAUAGGAAGGGGGGGGUUCUCUCGUAACGAAGCAGCAGCAGCAGCAACAGCAGCAACAAGGCUGCCCGUCGCUCUAAAGUGCAUGCGAGUAUCCUUGUCUCUGCAGAACGAAGCAGCAGCAGCAGCAGCAACAACAACAACAGCAGCAGCAGCAGCAGCAGCAAACGCCCUGGGAGCCGAAGAAGAAACUGUCUCGCUGCAGGAGCUGCAGCAGGAAGUGCAGCAGCUGCAGAGCCUCGAUCAUCCGUGCAUAGUCAAGCUGCUUGGAGUGUCUCUGCUGUCCAGCAGCAGCAACAGGCAGCAGCAACCACAGCAGCAGCAGCAGCAGCAGCAGCAGCAACAUGCGAAACAGCAGCAGGCGAGGCAGCAAAAGCACUACCGCGUCGCUCUCGUCAUGGAGCUCUGCAGCGGGGGCAGCCUGUACUGGCUGCUGCACGAGCAGCGCGCUCCGCUGCUGCUGCGGCAGCGGCUGGCAAUAGCUCUGCACUUCGUGGCGGCGCUGCAGUACCUGCACUGCCGGCCAACGCCCAUUGUGCACAGAGACAUCAAGUCCCUCAACAUUGUGGUCAGCAGUCUUGCUGCAGCAGCAGCAGCAGCAGCAGCAGCAGCAGCAGCAGCAGCAGUAGUAGCAGCAGCAGUAGCAGCAGUAGCAGCAGCAGCAGCAGCAGCAGUAGCAGCAGCAGCAGCAUUCCUUCAGGUGGAGCUGGAUGGGGCUGGCAACGCGAAGCUGUGCGACUUCGGGCUGGCAGCAGAGGCGGAUGUGCCCAGUGCUGCAGCGAGCAGCAGCAGCAGCAGCAGCAGCAGCAGCAGCAGCAGCCGCAGCCUCACCGCCUCUAUGCGCCUCAUCCUCCCUAAGGAGCCGCUGCAGCCCGCGGGCUCGCCGCGCUACAUGCCGCCGGAGUUGGCGGCUGGAGGGGGCAGCCUGUACUGGCUGCUGCACGAGCAGCGAGCUCCGCUGCUGCUGCGGCAGCGGCUGGCGAUAGCUCUGCACUUCGUGGCGGCGCUGCAGUACCUGCACUGCAGGCCAACGCCCAUUGUGCACAGAGACAUCAAGUCCCUCAACAUUGUGGUCAGGAGUCUAGCUGCAGCAGCAGCAGCAACAGCAGCAGCAGCAGCAGCAGCAGCAGUAGUAGCAGUAGCAGCAGCAGUAGCAGCAGCAGUAGCAGCAGUAGCAGCAGUAGUAGCAGCAGUAGCAGCAGCAGUAGCAGCAGCAGUAGCAGCAGCAGUAGCAGCAGCAGCAUCAUUCCUUCAGGUGGAGCUGGAUGGGGCUGGCAACGCGAAGCUGUGCGACUUCGGGCUGGCAGCAGAGGCGGAUGUGCCCAGUGCUGCAGCUAGCAGCAGCAGCAGCAGCAGCAACAGCAGCAGCAGCAGCAGCCGCAGCCUCACCGCCUCUAUGCGCCUCAUCCUCCCUAAGGAGCCGCUGCAGCCCGCGGGCUCCCCGCGCUACAUGCCGCCGGAGUUGGCGGCUGGAGUGGCGACGCACCUGGACCCUUCUCUGGAUAUCUGGUCCGCUGCAUGCGUUUUGUUGGAGUUGUUUGGGGGCCCGCUGCCGUACCACCGCUGCCAGACCUUUGAGGAAAUACAAAAACAACAUGCAGAGAGAGUGAUGCUGGAUCGGCUCAGGGCCCUUACCUUAACUGUAAGAAACUGGGCUUUGGGUAUGCUGGAUCGGCUCAGGGCCCUUGCUCUAUAA